UUCAACGUCGUCCUCUCAACUGCAAAUGUACCAUCGACACCUGCUAAGGGUUCGGAUAAUUCUACCACUGUCGAGCUACUUGACAACCUCCAGUCACCCGGCUCCACGGGACUUAGUGAUAAUGAUGGUUCUGCCUCCACUGGGGUAGGAGAGAACGAGAGUCAGAAGCCAUUGUUGCCUGCAGGUUCACUGUAA